GUAUUUAUGUUAAUGUCCAUCUCUCAAUACGAUAUUAUAGUAGUGUAGCCAAUGUCCCGCUGAAAACCCAGUUCAAAAAAUGAAUCUGAAAAUAAACUUCAUCGGGAUUUUGUUAAUAUCUUUCAUCAAGAAUGCGGAAUUUAUGCUAUCAAAUGCGAGUAUGGGACAUUUAGCCGCUCCAAUAGAAGUCAAGUCAAUUCAUGUGACGUCAUCAUUACCAGCUUGUACAAAUGUCACGGUCACAUUCGUUGCUAUGGAGAACGUGACAGUUUUGUGGACCAUAAAUGAAGGAUUUCUACCAGAAGAUUUAAAUGCACGAGCAACGUCAAGCGUUCAAGCGACAGGACAGUCUAAGAGUGCUUCAAUCUGUUUACCAACAGACAUGGCAUUUGAUUCACUUCGACUACAUUUGAUUUGUCAGAUGCAUUCAUUUGAAUUACACCUUAGUCUUCAGGUUUCACACAACAUGUCAAAUACACAAGAGGAUAUUAAACAAUAUUAUCUAUUGGUUCCACAGUCCAAUGAAAUUGGAAUUAGUUCUCGAGGCGAAGCAAGAUUCCACGUGAUGGUUGAUACUUCCGGUACAAAGUUUUCAUUUGGAAUGCUUCAGGCGGAAGCUACGUUACUUAAUGGCGCCGUACAAGAACAUGAUGCAGCAUUUUCGUUCCUACCAGACAACAACAACAACAAAAUGCUUAGAAUGCGAAAAAUAGCAAAUUCCGGAACAGAGUACCAUGCCGACAUUGCGAUUAUUUCAAGAAAUUUAAAGAAAAGCAAGACCAUGAUUUCUGUAUCUGUAGCCUGUACACAGCCUGCAAGUAUUCUUCACAGACUUGAUAUGAAACAAGUUACCUAUCUUCAGAGAAACACUGCAGGACUUUCAUCCAGUCAAAUGAACCCUGUUGCAUUUUUAGGUGAAAAUAAACAGGAGUCAGUAACUCUAGCAAGAGAAGGUAAUACCUUGCUGAGAUGCAAAUCAUUUGGUUUUCCACGACCAAAUGUCACACUACUAAAACAAGAAGGCAACAAACUCCGCCCUCAGACUGUUCCGUUUUACACGACAUCGCUUGAGUUUGAAAAGACCACGGUCUACCAAUUACUGAAUGUAACUGUGCAAGAUUCAGGACUUUAUAUUUGUAAAUCAUCAAACACAAUAUCGUCUGCUGAGAAAACAUACUCUGUGAAAGUUCAAUGAACUACAAUUUUAAGUUUAGAACAAUGAUACCACAUUAUCCAUAUUAUAAAACGUUAUAUACGUAAGACUAUGAAAACUUUUAAAAAAACAGAUUGCUCGAUAUAUGAAAGCAAAAAUGUCAUAAUGGUUCAACAGGAUAAUCAAGUAUGCCUGUUUUGAAAAGCUGAAGCUACUGUGUUUUUAUUAAAUAAACGAAUCUUUUACGUACAUAUAUUGAUUACUUUAAAACAGAGCAAGAUAACCUUAUCAUAAUACAUGUAGUUUAAUA